CAAGGCAUAGCUGUAAGCAAAGGGCCAACCAUGAAAGUCUGUGCUUUAUUUGUUUUGUGUAUGGGUUUGUCAGCUGUAAUGUGCGCUUCAAUGGAUAAGAGGGUAGCCGAGCUUCACCGAACCUGCGUGGCAGAGUCGGGAGUAGACGAAGCCCUUAUCGAAAAAGCAAACGCAGAGAAAGUGUUGGAAGAUGACCAGAAGCUCAAGUGCUACAUAAUGUGUAUAAUGAAACAUUCUGGAAGCAUGAGCGAUGACGGGACAGUUGAUGUGGAAGCUAUUGUGGCGAAUCUGCCGGAUGAAAUAAAAAACAAUGGAGCGUCAGUAGUAAGAGCAUGUGGAACAAAAGUUGGUGCCAACCCCUGUGAAAACGCCUGGUUGACGCACAAAUGCUACCUACAAACUGGACCCAAUGUAAGAUGUCCACCUUAUAAUUAA